AUGGCGGAAGAGAACAAGAGAUUCGCGCCGCUUCUGAGGUCCUGCGCAAAAUUGGGGCUGCUAGCUCAAGGAAUGCAGAUCCAUGCAAUGCUCCUGAAGCUGAGAAAUGAGUUUGAUCUUGUAAUGAACAACACGCUGGUGGAUAUGUAUGCUAAAUGCCGGAAACCAGAUGUUGCACAAAAGGUGUUUGAUAUGAUGCCUGAGAGAAAUGUGGUCUCCUGGACUGUCCUCAUCAAUGGAUAUUUGCAACAAGGAAGGCCUUGUGGUUCACUUUCUCUGUUUUCUGAUAUGAGUGUUGCAGGGGUCAGACCAAAUGAAUUCACAUUUUCGUUAAACCUGAAAGCCUGUGCAUCCCUCGGUCUUCCUGCUCAUGGCAUGCAGAUACAUGAUCUGUGCGUGAAGACUGGCUUCGAAGGGUACGCAGUUGUGAGCAAUGCACUUAUUGAUAUGUAUGCCAAAACUGGUGUUCUUCAGGAUGCGGUAAAAGUGUUUGAGAAAAUGCGAAUGCGAAAUCUCAUUUCUUGGAAUACCAUGAUUGCAGCAUAUGUACAUUGUGGCCAGGAGAAGAAUUCCUUUUCAGCAUUCAGAGAGAUGCAAAAGGAAGGCGAGAUACCGGACGAGUUUACAUUAUCAAGCCUCUUGAAGGCUAGCGGCAGUCUUGGCUCCCUUGAAAGGGGACUGCGGAUCCAUGCCGCUGUAAUCACAUUAGGGUUUUCAAAGAGUACAAUAUUGGCUAGUGCACUCAUCGAUCUCUAUGUUAAGUGCCGGUCCCUCACUGAAGCACGUAGUGUUUUUGAGGCGAGCCCGCAAAAGAACGUAGUUUCAUGGACAGCAAUGCUUGUUGGCUAUGCUCAAGAAGCACGGAUGAUGGAGGCAAUGGAGUUGUUUAGCCGACUUCGGCGAAGUGAAAUCCAGAUAGAUAAUUUUGUCAUCUCUAGCUUGGUUGGGUCAUUUGCAGAUUUUGCGUUGGUAGAACUUGGCAAACAAUUCCACGGGUAUACCAUCAAGAACCUUUCUGGUUCAGAUGUUUCUGUGAUCAAUUCCAUUGUCGAUAUGUAUAUCAAAUGUGGCAUGAUACCUGAAGCAGAACAGUUAUUCAAUGAAAUGCCUGAAAAGAAUGUAAUCUCAUGGACUGUGAUGAUUACAGGCUACGGGAAACAUGGCCAUGGCAAGAAGGCAAUCGGUCUGUUUAAUGAAAUGGAAGCGCAAGGAACCAAGCCAGACGAAGUCACCUUCUUGGCAGUCCUCUCAGCCUGCGGUCAUGCUGGGCUCCUGGAAGAAGGUCGAAUGUACUUCACAAAAUUAACGGAACAGUUUGGUUUCCAAGCCAAGCAAGAGCAUUAUGCAUGUAUGGUGGAUCUGCUUGGCCGGGCCGGAUGUUUAAAGGAAGCAAAGAAUUUGAUACACAGUAUGCCAGUUGAACCAAGCUGCGCUGUGUGGCAGACAUUGCUUGGAGCUUGCAGGAUUCAUAGGGAUGUGGACUUGGGUAAAGAAGUGGGAGAAAUUCUAUUAAUGUUGGACAGCAGGAAUCCUGUGAAUUAUGUGGUUUUGUCCAAUCUUUACGCUGAGGUAGGUCUGUGGAAGGAAUGUGAAAUUAUAAGGGAAAAGAUGAAGAUAAAGGGGCUGAAAAAGGAAGCAGGCUGGAGCUGGAUAGAAAUUGGCAAGGAGGUACAUUUCUUCUAUGGAGGGGAUGACUCACACCCUCUAUUCAAAGAAAUCCAUGAGGCCUUGACUGAGGUGACAGGAAAGAUAAAGGAAAUGGGUUACAUUGUAGGAGUGAGGUUUUCUUUACAUGAUGUAGAUGCAGAGUCCAAGGAAGAAAACCUAAAGCUGCACAGCGAGAAGCUAGCCAUUGGGCUGGGGAUUGUGCUUGGGUUUGGUGGGACAGGAGAAGUUAUUAGGGUUUUCAAGAACUUGAGGGUUUGUGGGGAUUGCCAUGAGUUCUUGAAGGGAGUUUCAAGAAUAUUGGGGAGAGAAAUACUGGUAAGAGAUGCCAACAGGUUCCAUAGUUUUUAUAACGGAGCAUGCAGUUGUGGUGACUAUUGGUGACCUACUACAGGCUUGGAUCUUGCGUUUAUCACCAAAAGCUUUCCUCCUCGACCUUUAUCUUGUACACCCGUUGUAUUGGCUUGUGCAAGGAGUGAUAUAUAAUUUAAACUAUUAUCGCCCA